UACUAUCAUAAUCCACAUAAAGGUUACUGUAAAUCCCUUGCAUCAGCAAUUAUCAAAGAUCCAACAAGAGGCGCUUUACAAAGAGUAGAAAAAAUAGUGUUAAAAUUAAGCGACUUCGUAAACCCUGCAUUAGUGAUUAUGGUCAUUGAUGCAAUUAAAAAAAACAUACCAGAAAAAAGAGAAAUUAACAAAAUGUGGAAAUAUAAUGUUUCAAGCAGAAAAACAGAACAUCUUUUUUUAAAUAAGAUGCUUGAAAUAAUUUGUGUUUUUCUCGUAGGUCACUUAACCAUAACUUUUCCAUAUAAAGGCACCAUCAACGACAUCUUUGACCAUAUACAAAAAACCUUCGGCAUACACCUUGAUUUUCAUCAAAUACGAUACACAAAUGUUGUUGGUGAUCUUAUUGAUUUGAAAGGUGUGGAAGAUUGGAGGGUUGCUAAAUGGGAGGCUGUAAGAUGGCAUAAUGGAAGGAUGGUUUUACAAAUUGGAAAUUACAUGUAG